GACAAUGAUAGACGCACCAAAGUGAAGUACAGUACUUGGCGUGUUUAUUUCGCGAGGGCGCGCGCAGAGGUGCGAGUAGGGGGAAAGUGUGUCGCCUUGUCGCUGUGUGUGUGUAUCGCGGCUGCACCUCCCAGUUGGUCCGUCCCUCGCUAAGCCGCUGGCGCACCAGCGCUGUCAGAGCGCCCGUCCAGGCCCGACAGCGCAGCCCCGCGCUCAUCGCCGCUACAAAGGACACCCUUGCGCCAGGUACUUUGAUGGCAGUGAUUAAAAAGUGUUGGUGAGGCUCGGUGGGGCAGCCUGGUCUGCUGAGGGCUGUUGUGGAACCAGAGCCAGUUCCGUGCUUACGGACAGACGGAGGGACGCAUGAUUCCCCACCUCCCCCUUCCCCAUUCUGCUGCACCUUGCCAUGGUAACAGUCAUCACUGAACAGAAGAACCAGAGUCUGGACAGCCAAAGCAACCACAGGGCUUUCUCUCCCAGUCUGUCCACGGAGGAAUCUCACUCCCCCGGAAACUGCAGGCCCACGCAUGGAUUGAUGCCAGAAAGCAGCUAUUGGCAGCUGUGCCCUCCUCCCAAGUCGAGUGUUCAGGGUGUGCUGAGCUCCAGCUUCCCACCCAACCCAGUACCCCUGGGCCCCGCAGCAGCCUCCCUCCCCGAGAGGGAUGGCUUACACCAGCUCCCGGCCCCUAGCCCUCCAGUCACGGCCCUUCCCGUGGCUGGCGCUCACGCGGUGCCGCCGGUGCCCCCAGCACCUCCACCUCCCCCGCCGCCAUCCAAGCGCCACUGCCGCUCGCUGUCUGUGCCCGAGGACCUGGCGCACUGCCGCUACACCUGGAGGCCAAGCGCCUCCAAGAUCUGGACGCCAGUGAAGCGGCGAUGCCAGAGCGGGGAAUGUGCGGGGGGCUCGUGCCCGCUGCGUUCAUCGCCCAGGUCCUCUCUGCACUCCUCUUCCAGUCCCACAUUCUACAGCCUGGCGCUCUCCCCCGACUCCCCUCUACCAUGGGGCUUCCCCUGGGACCCUGCUGACUCUGCUGGGGGCAGCGGCAGCAACUGCUGCUGCUUCUUCCCCACUCCCUACUCCUGCUCUUCCUCACCCUCGGCCUUCUGCGCGCCCCCAGCUGCUCAGCGGCGCUUCUCGUUGUCCCCCGUGCAAAUCCUGGAGGCUGCAGCUCGCUUCCUGCCCCAGCCGCCCGCUCUGCCGCAGCCCGUCGCUCAGCCGGUGUGCAUGCCCCACUCGCCAUCGUCGGCCUGCAGCACACCGUGCUCUCUCCGGCGGGCCACGCCGCCUCAGCACCCGCGCUGCCACUCGCAGCCCUGCGACCUCCUCCUGCGCAAACCGGGCCUGAAGCGCCGCCGAGACCCGGAGACCCGGCCGUGCGCGCGCCCCGAGCUGGACUUCAGCAAGAUGACACAGACUCGAAACAGCGACCCACUGUGCUUUCUGGAGCAGGGGAGGCUCGGCUACGGCGAGGAGGCUUGUAUGGGCAUGGAACCCUUCUUCAGGGACUUCCGCGGCUCCUUUUCCCCAGCCGAAGGGCUCGGGCGGACGAGCAUCGGACCUCUGAGCGAGAGCGAGGAGGAGGAGGAGGAAGAAGAGGAGGAGGAGGAGGAGGAGGAGGAAGAGGAGGCAAAAGGUGACCGAGAAGGAGGGCAGCCGAGCGUCUUCGAGAGGGAUUGUACGGAACUGGAUUUGACCCUCAUAGAAGAGAAUUAACGUCGUCGACGAGGACGUGCGUUUUUUUUUUCUUCGACAGCAUCCGGCGCCCUGCCUCUGCCCGCCCCCUCCAUCGGAAGGGCUCUCAGGAAAUCGGCUGCCCUCUCCCCGGCCCCCGG